GUAUAGCCUUCAAACGUAGUGAGUGGUGACAUUAUCUGACUUCCCUUUUACCCUUUUUACCAUUUCCCCUCCGUUGGAACUUGGAACCGGAAGAAAGUCGAUAAUUCAACCAUUAACGCUGGCUGCAACUAUCUUUAAACGCUUAUUCCCUCCCAAAACCCGGAGGCACUCUUCCUUUGCUUUCUUCAAUCUCUCCACCUCCUGGAUUCUUCCACGCCGUACCAUGGAUCUGAACGUCUUCAAAUUAUGCUCAGGCCUCAAAUUCCUUGGCUACUUAAUGAUCCUUCUCGUCGCCGCUAUUAUCGCCGUUUCCUACUAUGUUGUUAUAGUCCUCACUUGGGGUCCGCAGCUCUCCCACGGUGGUUUCAGAUCUUUCUUGUCUUUCACCAUCAUCCUCUUGUUUCACAUCCUGCUUGUGUUGUUAACAUGGAGUUAUACGAUGGUAGUUUCCCAGGACCCGGGCUCUGUUCCUGAAAACUGGAAACCAGCAGCAUCAGAGGAAAAUCUAGAAGCUGGGGGGUCAAAUCAUAUAGUACCUGAUACUUCAGCAUCAUCAACGCCUUUGGAUGUGCCUGAAACCAGACAAGCACAAGCUUCAGGCUACUGCCGUUACUGUCGAAAUGGGAAGCCACCACGUUGCCAUCAUUGUUCUGUUUGUCAAAGAUGUGUGUUAAAGAUGGACCACCAUUGUGUAUGGGUGGUGAAUUGUGUUGGGGCACACAACUAUAAAUUUUUUCUCUUGUUCCUGCUGUAUACAUUUCUGGAGACGACUAUGGAUACCAUAGUUUUGUUGCCGAAUUUUAUGAAAUUCUUCAAAGAUGCCAAAGGUCACUCAAACUCACCAAGCGAUCUUGCUCUUACCUUUUUGACUUUUGUUUUAAACUUAGCUUUUGCACUGAGCCUUCUCUGUUUCAUAAUAAUGCAUGCAUCUCUUCUUUCAAGCAAUACCACUUCGGUUGAGGUGUAUGGGAAGAAAGGAGGAGUGAGGUGGAAAUAUGACUUGGGACGGAAGAAAAACUUUGAGCAGGUUUUUGGCACAACAAAGGCACUUUGGUUGUUCCCUCUACUUGCCAAGGAAGAUCGGGAGAAACUUGAUGGUCUCAGUUUUCCAACAUCCCAAUCAUGACGAUGACGCCACUUUAUUUAUUUUUACUUUCUUUAAAAAAAAAAAGAAAAAAAAAAAAAAGAAACCCUUAACAAGUAAGUAGAGCUCUCAUGUUAUUACAUAUGAUCUUUGCAAGAUAGUCUGUUAUGGUUGCUUGUUUUCAAUUCGUACUUGUGUUGUAUAAUUUGGUUAGUUUAUGGAGGACGGAGGAGAUACAGAAAUAUCAUGAAUGUAAAGUUGCUUUCUCGAU